GUCAGGGCUGGAGCGGGGCCGGGCGCAGCGGCCAUGGAGGGUCAGCGCUGGCUGCCGCUGGAGGCCAACCCCGAGGUCACCAACCAGUUUCUCAAACAAUUAGGUCUGCAUCCUAACUGGCAGUUUGUUGAUGUAUAUGGAAUGGAUCCUGAACUUCUUAGCAUGGUACCAAGACCAGUGUGUGCAGUGUUACUUCUCUUCCCUAUUACAGAAAAGUAUGAAGUCUUCAGAACAGAAGAGGAAGAAAAAAUAAAAUCUCAGGGCCAAGAUGUUACAUCAUCAGUAUAUUUCAUGAAGCAAACAAUCAGCAAUGCCUGUGGGACCAUUGGCCUGAUCCACGCCAUCACCAAUAAUCAAGACAAGAUGCAUUUUGAAUCUGGAUCCACCUUGAAAAAGUUCCUGGAGGAGUCUGUGUCAAUGAGCCCUGAAGAACGAGCCAGAUACCUGGAGAACUAUGACUCUAUUCGAGUUACUCAUGAGACCAGUGCCCACGAAGGUCAGACUGAGGCACCAAGUAUAGAUGAAAAAGUAGACCUUCAUUUUAUUGCAUUAGUUCAUGUAGAUGGGCAUCUCUAUGAAUUAGAUGGACGGAAACCGUUUCCCAUUAACCAUGGGAAAACUAGUGACGAAACUUUGUUAGAGGAUGCCAUAGAAGUUUGCAAGAAGUUUAUGGAACGUGACCCUGACGAAUUAAGAUUUAAUGCCAUUGCGCUUUCUGCAGCAUAGCUUGUCAAUAUGGAAACACUAAAUACUGUAUUAUUUCAACAAAAGUUAAAUUUCUGAUGCCAUACACUAACUAAAAUUUUUUGAUAUUUUCAUUAACUUGACUGAUUAAACUUUAU